AUGGCCAAGGAGGUGGUGGUGACUGGUCACUCCCUGGGCGGUGGCAUCGCGCUGGUGGUGGGGGCUUUAACGGAUCGCCUGGCGGUGGCCUUGCAGCCGCCAGGCGUGUUCUACUCCUUGGCCAAGCACGAGGCAGCGCAGCGGAGUAGGGACCGUCGCGGGGCGCUUCACCAGAGGAGUGUCUCCCUGGUCUUCGAGGGCGACUGGAUUGGGAACUUUGAUGGUCAUGGUGGGUUGGUACAGACCAUGCUAUGCGACCAGUCAAAGAAAAGCAUCGCCGUUGGGUGCCAUUUGCUGGAGGGUGCCAUCUGCCACCUCUUGCAGCACUGCGGAGAUGAAGCCCAACGCUUCGACAUUUGCAGGCAUGAGUACCAACCAGGGCACCAAAUGCUGAAUGUCAUGCACAUCAUUUGGCGCUUCCUGCAGAUGAGUCUCCAGUCUUCCUUCCUGCAGAUCGACAUCCAAGCCUUCCUGGUGGCCUGCGUUGGCGCAUCCUUCGUGGUGCCGUGGGAGCAUGCUGGACCCAUGGACCAUGCGGAAUUCAGUCUGGAAAGCAGUACUCGCAGAGAAUCUGACCAUGACACGGAACCCAUCGGAACCCAGGUGGUCUUGAGACACGGUGCACCUCCGGUGCUGCGUGCUGCCCUGCAACCAUGA